AUGACGGAACGUAUGCCCGAAGUUCCUGUUCUGGCAGCUGAACUGAUAAAGUCUUACUUCCCCAAAAUGGUGGAAAUGCACAAUUACGUCCCGGCCAACUCUACCCAGCAGAAACUGUCCAACUGGGGACAUCUGAACAGGAAAGUCCUGAACAAGCUGAACUUCUCCAUCCCGGAAGACGUGAUCCGGAAGAUCGCUCAGUGCUCUCCCGGAGUGGUGGAGCUGGUCCUGAUCCCGCUGCGGCAGAAGAUCGAGGAGAAGCAGAAGCAGGCCAAGGUGUCGUCCAGUUCUUACCAGACUGAGGAACAGAAGUCAAAACAGCACAGGGGUGUGCGUCUUGUCAGAAACGGAGGCUAUUCUUCGAAGCCCAAAAUGGACUCCACGGGGCCCCACAGCCAGGAAUCCCCCGGGUCUGAAAAGGGGAACAAAGGACAGCUCGGGCACGCGGACUCCACCUUGCGCCUCCACUUAGCCGAACGCGAGCAGGCCCUGCUGGCGUGCCAGGAGACAGUCCAGAUCCUGCAGCUGAAGAUCCGCAGGCUGGAGCACCUCCUGCACCUGAAGAACGUCCGCAUCGACAACCUCUCCCGGAAGCUGCAGCAGGCGGAGCAGAAACGGAAGUGA